UAUUUGUCUCUUGAUCUGUGUGUAAACAAAUUGAAAUGGCAGAAACCAUUUUUUCUCAGGAUCAGUUCAGCUGUGCAGUGUGUCUGGAUCUCCUGAAGGAUCCAGUGGCCAUUCCCUGUGGACACAGUUACUGUAUGAGCUGUAUUACAAGCUACUGGGAUCAGGAGGAUCAGAAGGGAGUCUACAGCUGCCCUCAAUGCAGACAGACCUUCACUCCAAGACCUGCUUUAAAUAAAAACACCAUGCUGACUGAAGUGGUGGAGCAACUGAAGAAGACUGAACUCCAGGCUGCUGUUGCUGCUGGACCUGAAGAUGUGGAGUGUGACGUCUGUACUGUGAGAAAAAAUAAAGCUGUCAAGUCCUGUCUGGUGUGUCUGAACUCUUACUGUCAAAAUCACCUCCAACAACAUGAGAAUCUCUUUAAAGGUAAGAGACACAAUCUGACAGAAGCCACUGGACGACUUCAGGAGAAAACCUGUCCAACACAUAAUAAAUUACUGGAAAUCUAUUGUCAUACUGACCAGCAGUGCAUUUGUUAUCUGUGCACAAUGGAUAAUCACAAAAACCACAACACUGUAGCAGCUGUAGCAGAGAUGACAAAGAAACAGAUAAUUUUGAAAGAGACACAGAGAAAUUUCAAGCAGAGAAUCCUGCAAAGAAAGAAAGAUCUCGAGGAGCUGAGAGAGGCUGUGGAGUCUCAUAAGUGCUCUGCAGAGAGUGCAGUGGAGGACAGUGAGAGGAUCUUCAUAGAGCUCAUCCGUUCUAUUGAGAGAAUCCGCUCUGAGAUGAUGCAGAUGAUCAGAGAACGGGAAAGGGCUGCAGUGAGUCGAGCUGAAGGACUCAUGUAUCGACUGGAGCAGGAGAUUGAUGAUCUGAAGAGGAGACAUGCUGAGCUUGAGCAGAUUUCACAUAUACAUGAUCACAUCCAUUUUCUCAAGAGUUUCCAGUCUCUCGCUGUAUCUCCUGAAUCUGGAGAUGAACCCAACAUCACUCUCAGCUCUCUCCUCUCUUUUGAUGAUGUGGGAAAGUCCCUCUAUCAACUGAAAGAAAAACUGGAGGAUUUCUGUCGAGAGGAGAUAGAAAAGAUAUCUGGCAGAGUAUCAUAUGUUGAAAUUAUUCCCACCAAUGAGCCCAAGAUCAGGGAGGAGUUCCUACAAUAUUACAGUAAGUUCACUCUGGAUCCAAACGCAGUGAAUGAACACCUCCGUCUGUCCGUCUGGAAUGGAGUGUUUAAUGUCCCUAACGUAGUCCAGCAGUAUCCUGAUCAUCCAGACAGAUUUGAUCAUUAUCCUCAGGUGUUGUGUAGAGAGAGUGUGUGCGGACGCUGCUACUGGGAGCUCGAGUGGAGUGGUGAUGAUGGUGUGGAUAUAUCAGUGUCGUAUAAGAGCGUCAGCAGGAAGGGAGGCAGAAACGAGUGUGUUUUUGGAUGUAAUGAUCAGUCCUGGAGUUUGGACUGCUCUGCCUUACUUUACUCAUUCUGGCACAAUAACAGCUACACUGAUCUUCCUGUACCAUCCGGUCGCUGCAGGAGAAUAGGAGUGUUUGUGGAUCACAGUGCAGGAACUCUGUCCUUCUACAGCGUCUCUGACACAAUGAGCCUCAUCCACACAGUCCAGACCACAUUCACUCAGCCGCUCUAUCCUGGGUUUGCGGUUCACGGUGGAUCAACAGUGAAACUCUGUGAUCUAACGGCAUAG